GCAUGUCCAGAUAUGUGCAUUCCACCACUGCCACCCACAACCCCUUCUCACACACAGUCACACUGACGCCUUUGUCUUCAUCUUCGUGUACCAACACAGCAUCAUGGACAGCAACACCCCUGACAGCCACCUGAACAGCGACUUCUGGGACCCUGAACCCGACCCAAUUGAUCAGCAUGAUGAUGGCCACAGCGGCGGGAUGAUGCAGCCCACAGAACCCGCGGUGUCUGAGACGGAUGUGCUCCUUGAUCACGCAGCUUCGCCCUCACCCUCAUUGACAGCAGCCUCCGACCAGCCGACAGAUCUUGGCGAGGUUGUGAGGAGCUCGAGGGCAAGCGGAGUGAGGCUUUUCCCUGAGGACGAGGAAGUCCUGAGGGAGCUCGUCUACGAGCACUGCACGAUGACCGCAGACCAGCUUGCAGACCACAUGAACCUUGAAAAGCUCCGCCGAAUCAUGAUCAGCCUGGAGGAGCAGCUGCCCGCAGAGCAACGGUUGCGGGACGAGGAGAAGGUCUUCCUUGGGCCACUAGACCGUGACAAGUGCCUUGAGAACCCUGCGGUGAAGGAGGUGUAUGACAAGACGCACAUUGAAGGCACCCGCAGCGUGUAUCGCGCGCUGAAGCGAAACAUCUUCACCCUAAAGCGAGUGGUUCCAGCUCGAACGACAAUGAACAGCGAGGCUAACAAGCAGAAGCGGCUGGCGUUUGCAAAGGAGCUGCACGACCUGCUCCUGGACGACAACGUGUACAUCGUCUACAUCGACGAGAUGCCGUUUUACCUCGCGAGCGGCAGAAACUAUGGAUGGGCGCCGCGUGGUGAUCGCGCCGUGCACGAGGUGCUGCCCAUGAGUACCAUGUCCUAUCGCACACAAGUGGCUAUGGCAGUCUCGCACAUGCACGGGCUUCUUUACGGCAAGCUCUACCCACCAGAGAUGCAAAACACCGGCGGAGAUGGGCAGAAGAAGACCAAGAAGGCCCUCAAGGCCAGCUACACGCAGGACCACUUCAAAGACUUCCUCAACAACCUUCUCCACACCCUCUGGCACAAGCGCCAAAACCUUCAACUCAGUGGAACAAAAAUCGUGUUUCUCAUCGACAGCGCGCCCGAGCACGGAAAGCGAGCGACGGAGGCUGCCACGCAGAUGCUGCAGGCCUGCGACAGCUUCCACCUAUGGCAUGAGUGGAUUGCGACCGGUCGGUGCAGCAUGACCGUCAAGUUUAUUUCCCCCGUAUCGCCCACGCUGAAUUUGACUGAGUUCUACAACAGAUCGUUGCGGCAGAGGGCGAAUCACCUCCGCAAGACCCCAGACUUCAUUGGCAAGCUGGAGUCCAAAGACAUUCCGCGAGGGCAGGUGCAGAAGACGCGUGUGAAGGUGCUGUGCGACAUCAUCAAGCGGGCAAUGGCUGAUCUGCAGCGCACUGCUCUCAAGCGGGCAAGCGAGGCGAGAAUGCUGGAGGAAGUUCUUCACGUCAUUCAGCUCAACGGGUUUCUCGACAAGCACUGGCGACCAGUGCAGCUGAGAAACAACAAGGCUCAUUCAACAGAGCUUGCCGACAGCAUGGAUGGUGAUGGUGGUGAUGAUGAUGAUGGUGAUGAUGAUGAUGAUGAUAACGGGCACCCCACCGACGUUGAUGUUGCUCAAGAGGAUCACUCUGCCAAUGACGACGACCAAGACGACGAUGAUGCCGAUGAUGAAUGA